AUGGCGCGAGGAAGCCAGACUUCCUUCUUCCUGGGCCUGUCCUUUAUGGCGUACUUCGUUCUUUUGUUCUCGCCCCUCGCAUUCCUCCAAACAGCACAAGCAUCAAGCGACCAAGAGCCAUUGCAAGAAAACUAUGGAACUGUUAUCGGUAUCGAUCUGGGAACCACCUACUCCUGUGUCGGUGUGAUGCAGAAGGGCAAGGUCGAGAUUCUAGUGAAUGACCAGGGACACCGGAUAACACCUUCAUAUGUGGCCUUCACCGACGAGGAGAGAUUGGUAGGAGACGCCGCCAAGAACCAGGCAGCCUCAAAUCCCAGACGGACAAUCUUUGAUAUCAAGCGGUUGAUCGGUCGCAAGUACUCGGAUAAGGAUCUUCAAGGUGACAUUAAGCACUUCCCAUUCGAUGUCGUCGAGAAGGAGGGCAAGCCCUCGGUUAAGGUCGACGUCAACAACUCCCCUAAAGUCUUCACCCCUGAGGAGAUUUCGGCCAUGAUUCUUGGAAAGAUGAAGGAGGUCGCAGAGUCAUACCUUUCUCACAAGGUCACCCACGCCGUCGUCACUGUUCCAGCUUACUUCAACGAUAACCAGAGACAAGCAACCAAGGAUGCUGGCACCAUCGCCGGCUUGAAUGUCCUUCGUAUCGUCAACGAACCUACCGCCGCCGCUAUCGCCUAUGGCCUCGAUAAGGGUGACAAGGAGCGACAAAUCAUUGUCUACGAUCUUGGCGGAGGAACCUUCGAUGUUUCUCUUCUUUCUAUUGAAAAGGGUGUUUUCGAGGUUCUCUCCACCGCUGGUGAUACCCAUUUGGGUGGCGAGGAUUUCGAUCAGCGUAUCAUCAACUACUUCGCCAAGAAGUACAACAAGGCCAACAACGUCGAUGUCACCAAGGACCUCAAGACUAUGAGCAAGCUGAAGCGUGAGACCGAGAAGGCCAAGCGAACCCUGUCCUCCCAGAAGACCACCCGCAUCGAGAUCGAGGCUUUCCACAACGGCAAUGAUUUCUCCGAGACCCUUACCCGGGCCAAGUUCGAGGAGUUGAACAUUGAUCUCUUUAAGAAGACCCUGAAGCCCGUUGAGCGAGUUCUCAAGGACGCCAAGGUCAAGAAGGACGAGGUCGAUGAUAUCGUCCUGGUCGGAGGUUCUACUCGUAUUCCCAAGGUUGUUGAGCUCAUUGAGGAGUACUUUGGAGGCAAGAAGGCAAGUAAGGGUAUCAAUCCUGAUGAGGCUGUUGCUUUCGGUGCCGCUGUUCAAGGUGGUGUCCUGUCCGGAGAGGAGGGCACCGCGGAUAUCGUUCUUAUGGACGUCAACCCGUUGACACUUGGUAUUGAGACCACUGGUGGGGUUAUGACCAAACUCAUCCCAAGAAACACUGUCAUCCCUACCCGCAAAUCCCAGAUCUUCUCUACCGCUGCCGAUAACCAGCCUGUCGUUCUGAUUCAGGUCUAUGAAGGCGAAAGAACUAUGACUAAGGACAACAACAUGCUCGGAAAAUUCGAGCUUACUGGCAUUCCACCAGCGCCCCGUGGCGUACCCCAGAUUGAGGUCUCAUUCGAGCUUGAUGCCAACGGAAUUCUGAAGGUUACAGCCGGUGACAAAGGAACCGGAAAGUCGGAGACUAUCACUAUCACCAACGAUAAGGGCCGUCUUACCCAGGAGGAAAUCGACCGUAUGGUUCAGGAGGCUGAGCAGUAUGCUGACGAGGACAAGGCUACUAAGGAGCGCAUUGAGGGCCGAAACGGUCUUGAAAACUAUGCCUUCAGCUUGAAGAACCAAGUCAAUGAUGAGGAGGGUCUUGGUGGCAAGAUCGACGAAGAUGACAAGGAAACUAUCCUCGAGGCUGUUAAGGAGACAACCGAGUGGUUAGAAGAGAACGCCGCCACGGCCACGGCCGAGGAUUUCGAGGAGCAGAAGGAGAAGCUCUCGAAUGUUGCAUAUCCCAUUACAAGCAAGUUAUACCAGGGAGCUGGUGGACCAGGUGGCGAAGAUGAUGCGGAACCAGAUGCCCAUGAUGAGCUAUAG